AUGUGCCAUUUCACCUCCUCUAAUUGUUCUCUAACCUUUUUUCCCACUUUCUUUUCUCACCUCUCUUGGCCUCCUUCGUCGGCCUCCAUCGACUGGUUGAUCCAGGUUAAGCAUGGGAAUGGUGAGAAAGGUGAUGGUCUUAAGAACUUGGCUGAUCCUUUGAAAAAGUUGAUUAAUGAUGCUAUUAAAAAGGCUGAAAGGAGUCUUAAAGAGAGGGAAAAUCAACUGGAAUGUCCCGAAAAAUGCUAUUCUGACCCUAGUAACUCCUACUGUAAGUCUAAGCAGGAUGAAAUUGAUAAGCUUCAAAAUUCUGAAGAUGAAUCUGCCAAAUCUAAAAAUGAAUCAACAAUAUCUAAGCUUAAAAAGGAAAAGGAUGACCAUUACAACGAAGUUCAUUACCUUACUGAUGAUGCCCGGGGGAAGGCUUUGGAGGAUAUUGAUGCCCACCGUAUCUCUCUUGGUCAGCUUGCUGGACAACUUUCGGAUUUUAUUGGCGGCGGAGAGGAAGUCAAGAAAGCGAUUUUGAAUGGUUUGCACAGUAAUGUAACUCAGCUUGAAAAGCUUGUUAAAACAUCUUGCGGAGAUAAGGGGUGUUGUAAGGAUGCUGUGAAUUUCCGUGUUGGACCUCUUAAAAAUCUUCAAGAGCAAUUUAAUGACAUUGAUAAAAUUGAGAGAGAAAUUGAUGGCCUUAAAAAUGAAAUUGCUGAAAAAAGUGAGGCGUCCUUAAGGACGCCGUCCGGCGGUGAUACUGAGAUUAAGGAGCUUGAAGAGCAAAUAAAGCAAAAUGAAGAGAAACUUAAACAGCAAAAAAGUCUUGUUGAUAAGCAUAUUGAAGAGCUUAAAAGUGCUUUAAAUACUCCUAAAAUCAAAAUUGAUGAAUACAUUAAGAAGCUUAAUGAGAAAAUUGCUGACAUCAAUAAGAAAAUUGAAGCGCAUAAAAAGGAAGAAAAGAAGAAAAAUAGUCUUAUUAAAGAUGCAGAUAUCUCCAUUCCCUACAAUCUUUCUCAUCCUCUUGAAACUGAGCAGGCUAAAUUGCAGUCUCAUAAUGCUUCGUUGGAGUCUCUUGAGAGUCUUGAAAAGCUUAUUACAUUUCAUGAGGAAGUUAGUAAAAAUCCUAAAACUGAAGAAUGUAAAAACAUUUUAACAAAUUUGUGCUCUGGCUUGGAGAAGUUCCUUGGAUACCAAGAAACUUCCAAAGGCUACUCGGGUGAUGGCAUCGUGUACUCGGGCCUUGACAGGCUCUGCGACGGGGUGAUGUCUUUCCUUCAUGGAGUUCUCCAAAGUGUGAAGGAGGAUGAUAACGUUACAACGUACAAUAAACAUAUUACUCAGAAUAAUUUAGAUAAUGUUCUUCGUGAUGUAUUUUCUAAAAUUGGCACUGGGCGUAAUGGGCUUUCGGACUCUGUCACCAAGGUGAAGGAGUGGUUGGAGAAAUAUAAUGAUGAAGUAGAAAAGAAGACAAGAGGAGUGACCGAUGGAUUAUCUGCACUUAUAGGUAAGUUGCGUAGUGAUGUUUCAUCUGGUGUUGCAGGGAAUGAGUAUUACAAGAGCGUUGAAGGCGAGGCGACCAAGGAUCUCGGGACCCAGUUGGCAAGGUGGAAGGGGACACUGGGGAGCAUCGACAGUGAUGUUCAAAGUAUUGCAAACAUACAAAUUAAUGACUUAGACGACACACUUAAAGCACAACUAACGCACAAAUUAGAUCCAGUUAAGAAAGUGGUAGAGCACCUGAAAGGUGUUGCCACGAAGAUGGCAGAGGGGAAGGUGGCAGAGGUUGAUACUGCCAUUACUGAGAAGGAAACUCUCGUAAAAGAGCAAAUUAAAAAGAAAGCUGACGAGCUUCGACGCACACUAACACAAAAACUUAACACAAUAGAUGAACGAAUUAAGGCAUUCGAAACUGAGCAUAGUACUAAGUUGGUGCCUUUGGUGGACGCGAUAAACGCGUUAGAGACGAAUGUUACCGCUGCGGAUGAGCGUGCACAGACUUUGCUAACUAAGUAUAAUGAUGAGAUUGCUGAGAAGGUGAGCAGCAUAAAUCAGCAAGUUGGCGCGCUUGACACGGCAAAAAUCUCAACUGGACUUCAAGAGGUUUUUGACAAUGUUAGUGGGCAGUUGGAGACGCUGCAAAAUACGUUACGUGAACUUGGUGAAUUUGGAAAUACUGUUAGUAGUGGUGUGCAAAAUAAUCUGCAGUAUUUCACGACACCUAGUGAUCCAGAUAUGAAUGUGAGUGCGCAGAUCACGAAGCUGAAGGAGGAGAUUAGAAAGGAAAUUACCAAUUAUGUAAAAAAUGGCUUGGGAGAUAUUAUUAGGUUGGCGAUUAAAGGAAAAACAGAUUUGGUUGCGAAUUCGAAGAACCAUCCAGAUGGUUCCCUGGAUCAGAUCGUGGAAGGCGUGAAGAAUUUUGCGAAGAGUUUCCAGGGCAGAUUCACCAAGUCAAUUGAAAAGAUGGUUGAGAAAUUGAUAGACGAGGAUGCCAGUGCGGUGAGGAUGUAUGUUGAGAGGUAUGUUACAAGAAACAAGCCAAGAAUGUCAGUUGAUAUGAGCGAAUACGAUCAAAAGCGCGGACAACUUAGAGACGCCAUCAAAAAGACCAUUACCGAUAAAAUAUCGGUGAUUAUCAAAGCAUCGCCUAUAACCUACGACGGGCCAGUUGAUGCUGCUCUUGAAAGCAUCUCCACCUUUCUUACUACAUACGCCAAAGCAAUAUAUCCCACGAAAGUUAGUAAAAUAGCGGCAGAAGUUAUAAAUGAUGCAACAUUGCAAACAACCGAACUUGCGUCUCUUCCUACGAACGAUUAUCGCUUCCAAAACGCCCUCAGAACUAUACUAGCCGCCGUACAUAAAAAGGUUGAGGACACCUCAGAGGGGUUUAGCAAAUUCAUCGGGACUUCCCAGAUUGGCAACCUUGAGGCAGCCAUAAGAGUUGUCAAUACUCUCGGUGACCAUCUGGCAGAGGCCAUUAAAAAUACUGAUCAUAUUCCAGACGGCACCGGCGUCCUAACUCUUGGUAACCAAAUUCAAACUAAGCUAUGUAGUGAUGCCACCAACAGCGAAGUGGACACCAAACUCGGCGAACUCCUCCAACAGGCAGUAAAAAAUGGCAUCGAUAAGCUAAAUAAGAAAGUAAAAAACAUCGUCGACAUUGAACUCCGUGAUGUCCACCCUACAAUAGAUGAACAAAUCAACAGGCUGAACAACGCAGGGAUUCAGCCCGGCAACAUACGAAAGCUAGUCAACGGUCUUGAAGCACAGAUCAACGGGCUGAAACCUCUAGUAAGCGGGGUUAAUGAUGAGGCCGGAGGAUUGAUCCUACGGCAGGUUGGCGAUCUGAGAAGGCGUGUGGGCGAACUUAAAGAUAGCAUCGCGGAAAUUAAUUCAGCUAUCAAAGAAUUUAAUAAGUCCUUUUUAGCAGCAAUCGAGGCCGCCAAAUCAGCCUCUCAACAAGCCCGCAAGGAACUCAGUGAAGGUAUCGAUGGCCUGCAGACUCACCUCACUCAACAAGUGACUGAAGCCUUCGACGCCGUCCACACCGCCGCGAAACAAAUGUUCAACCAAGGGCACAAGGCUGACUUGGAGCAGCUCAAGAAAUUGGUCAGCGCGCAAAAUAAAUUGAUUACCGAAAUUAUAGAGAAUGACAAGAAGAAAGGUCUCAAAGGCCUGCUGAAGGAGAUGUAUAAGGACAGUGGAAGCAAAAUAAUGGCAUUAAAACUGGAAAGAGUCGAAGAGAAAGAACAGUUUAAAACGCUUUCAGAGAGAUUUAAAGACUAUUUAGAACUCAUUUUCACAUACAUCAAGGGACAACUCAACACUCCAAGUUCGUCGCCACCCAACUCCACAACCAAGGAGCCAACCAAAAUGCUGGGUGAAGUGCAAAGUAAACUCGGCAAUUUGCUUACUCAUCUUGGCACAGCGAAACAUUUUGAUAGUCUAUUCGUAUUGCGCUUAGAAUCGUUUUCCACUGAACUUGGCAAAUUCACGCCGUCUCAAUUCGCCGGCCCAAAUAACUCUAAGCUGCUCGACUCACUUAGAGAUGGGCUGCAGAAAUUGUGUGAUCAGCUGGACAAGGCGUACGUGUCGGCGUACUCGGGAGACUACUGGAAUGGCAAUAACAAAAACAAGUAUGCUAAUGUUUUCUGUACUAUAAUGCAUACGUUCCGUAGAGAUUUUGAUGAGUUGCGUGAUGGGUUGUCAGGUGCCAUGUAUGACAAGUCGAUUCAUCUAGCCAACAGUAACUCCCUCGGCAGCUUUUUCAAGGGCUGCAAUUACAACGUGUCGAAAACCACUGGCAAACAAGGUGGCGAAUUGAAAAAUGACGUGGAUGGUAAAACGAUAUAUGGGCUUCUUGUCUCAGAUGAUGAAAAGCAUGUUUACAAAAAACCUUACAAGGGCCCUGUUAUAGAUUUGCACCGUCACAUAAGAACAUACUACACCGCCUGCCAUCUUACAUUACACGACUCACCUAAAUACCCUUGUUCCAUCAGAGACAUGUUAUCCUGGUUGACGGGCCUUCCUUACACUGCAGUCUAUCAGGGCAUUAAGACACACUGUAACACGAUGCUUAAGAAGGAGAUCACAGACGCUGAGAAAAAAUCGCAGCCUGCGGAUCCCGUAAUCAGUAAAAUCCUUCAGAACACAUUACAUGAUAACCUAAAUCACACGAUAAAAAAUGCAUACAACGUACUCACAACUAUAUGUGGGAACGGACGUGGCUCCGAUCAUGCUGACUACCCUUAUGCGUGCUACUUCCUAAACAAUUCCCGCGGUUUCCACUAUCCUGGCAGCGUUUCAAGUCUGUUCGAUAUGUUAAAGGAAAUCUGUAGUCGGUUGCUGUGUUCCCUGAACCUAUUGUAUAGCGUGUGUCGUACUCCCGCCAAAUACCGUGGCUGGAAUGACUGUCCAUACGGGCAGGACGUUUCCGGUUACCAAUGGGAUUGCCAUGAUUCAUCACACUCCGGUAGGGAGUGUCUUCCAAAAUCACGUCUCCAGGCUCAUUUAAUGGACGGUAUGCCCGGUUGUCUACCACAUAAAUUGACAUCUGUCGGUUGUAAAUCAGUCUGCUCUACCUGUCCCAAAUCAUCUGCUGGCGAACAGUGCAUCACACCUAUGGGCUUUGUGGAUUUACCUAACGCGGCGUCCAUUAAAGGCACCGGAAAUGAUAUAUUUAAAGCUCUCAGCAUUUUAUGCAAAGAUGCUGGCUGUGAUCACCUUAUAACUCCUAAUGCCAAGGCUACAAACCAAUGUCAUGCUGAUCUGUGGAGCCUAUCUACAAUGUCUACAUGCCAGGCGACAAAAUCAUGUGCUCCAUACCUCCACCCACUCGGAAAGAAUGCUUACCACACCCUUCCUAAAAAACACGCAGCAUUGUAUCUUUCAUGGUGCUGUUAUUUGGCCUGGGAGUUUUGGGACUUGCUGCAACAGUUACUGAAUAGUUUCAAAAAUAUCGCUUGCAAAUCAUUCGGGUGUCCUUGCAAAUGUCCACCCGGCAAACAUGGAGUCACGGAGGAAAGUUCUACAAAACCAGGCUGCCACUGUGAUUCCAUCGUUGACUGCACAGGUGUCCUCUCGGUGUUCUACCAAUACGGACUCACAUUCCGUGUACCUGCUACGUUAUAUGCACACAAUACCAGGCGGACGUGUGAUGAUUUUGUUAAACAAUUACAUAAAGUGCUGUACGACGGAUACUUCAAGAAGCUGUUUGAAGAAAUCGACGAAUUCAUCUGGGCAAUUCGCACACCCUUCUCAUACCUCUUAUUAGCCCUCUGGUCGCUGUCGCUCCUGUACCUGCUGCACAUCGCCGUCGUCCGCCUCGACGUCCUGAGGAUACGCUCCCACCUGAGAUCGCCCUCAAGCCACCGCAUCGCCGCCCAGUCGCUCCUCGCCGCCGCACGCGUCAAGGCACUCGCCAACGUCAAGUACUUCUCACCGUAA